AUGACGCCAGCAGCCCCGACUUUGCGCAUAGUCACACAAAGAAGUCCCGAGCUUGCACCAAUUGCGCUCGCCUCAAGAUACGGUGUCGGUGGCAACCGGGUUCGGAACAUAGCGAACACGCCGAUUGCAUACGGUGAGCAGUUUUGCCUCUGUUGGCUACAGUUUCGUGUAACUGAGCUGGAGAAGAAGAUAGAUGGCCUAGUCAGCCUUUUCCAGACACAGCAGCAGUCAGGAGAGACACAAGGGCAGCCGGCAACCGGGCCCAGCCCCAGCAGCGAGGACCCGCGCUUGAUGCCAUGCACUGGGUUGACUAUACCAGGCGUCACCCAUCAAGUAAGCACAGACGCAUCUCCAAGUGUCAAUAGUUCAGCCGGCACCCAAGAUUGUCAUUCUAUGCCGACUCCAGAGGCUGGGUUUCCCAGCGGGUCCUAUCAGCUCUUGCCGGGGUUCACUAUCGCUGCCGAGAAGGCUGAGGAGUACCUUUCCAUCUACCGGACGCGUAUGGUUCCCAACUUCCCAUUUGUGCCCAUCGAGCCCGAAGUUACAGCAAGGGACCUCCACAACCAGAAGCGAUUUUUGUUCUGGUGUAUUAUGCAAGCCAUUGUACCCCAGACAGCCACAGUACAAAAGUCAGUCGACGACUGGGUCCGCAAGCAUGCAGCUAUGCACAUCAUAGUUCAUAAGGAGAAGAAGAUUGAGCUGCUCCAAGGUCUGAUUGUCUAUGUCGCCUGGGGCGAUGUCCACCUACAGAUGGGUAUCAAUGCAAACACUCUCCUCCAGCUAGCCAUCGGCCUAGUUAUGGACAUGACUAUGUACACUCUAGCAGGCCCCGUGAGUUGGAUGCCGAAAACCUUAUUGAAUGAUGCGUGGGCAGUCUUGGGACGGGGCGGAAAACAAUUCGAAGCACCAAAACCAACUCUUGAAGAGCAAAGAGCAAUUCUAGGCGGCUAUUUUAUUGCGUCAAGUGUGCCCGCCGCCAUAAGGAGGCACUCGCAGAUACAGUAUACGCCCCAGAUCGCACGAUGUUCCAAAGCCAUUCGCGAGGCGGACGCUAUACCGACAGAUCAGAAUCUACUUGCCCUCGUUCGCAUGCAACAUCUAGGGGACCGCAUUCGCGCUGUCUUUCCAAGCCCAGAUAGAGAGGAAGGGGAGCCUCUACCCAUCUUUCGGGAACACUUUAGUGCGGUGCUAGCAUCACUUCGCAAAGAGAUUUGCUCUCUCGAGUCUGAAGAACCCGCCAUCAAGAAGGAGAACCCAAUGGUUUGGGCACACUACGGCGCACUGAUGGUUAGACUAUACGAACCAUGCAUCGGCAUGCGAGGAGCCAGCCCUUCGGAGGCUAUGUCCGCCAUGGAGCAGUUCAGUAGGACCGAGUCACUCUGGUUCUGCCUCCAGGCGAUCCAGAUCGCCAUGGACGCGCUACUCGCCAUCCCGGCUGAAGCAUUUGCAUAUCUACCCUUCAACACCGUUGCAGAUGUAGCACAUACAAUGAUGUCUUCGCACCGACUGCUGUUGGAAGACUCGGCAAGUGAUUGGGACGUGAUGCUGGCGCGCCAGAAGCUUGACCUUCCCGAUAUAGCGCGGCGGUUGGCGGAUCGGUUCGAGGAGGCGGACAACGUGGCGCUGAUCUCGUUUUGGGAGAUUAUGAUGCUGGAUGGGCCUGGACAAAUCCCCAUUGACGCGUCCAUGCUUUUGCCGGACCAGGCCAUGUUGCCCGCCAUGCAGACUUAG